UGUUUGGUAAAUAGUUGAUUUUUUAAAAUUGUUUGAGUAUGCAAAAUGACCAAUAAGGGCCUUGUUUGACAAUUGGUUGUCAGCUGUUUAAUUUGGCUAGUUUGACCGGUUGUCUGACCAUUGGUUGUAUAUAGAUGUGUUAUUUCUUUAAGUUGAGUUUUUUUUUUUUUAAUUAUAGUGGUCAUUGUUGUUGUUAUUCAUUACUCUCAUUAGUCAAUCACUUAGGGUCUGUUCUCAUACGAUUAUUUUUUAUUUUAAUUCAGCUCUAAUAAGUUCACUUCAACUCCUAAUUUCCUUCUCUUAUAAAAUAUUUAUUUCAAUUCAGUUUAGAAUAGACCUUAAUAUUUGUCAAAUGUCAAAUAAGUUAAUUUUGCUCAAAUAAACCCAAACACCGCCCAAAUGCACAUACACUUUUACCAACGUAUAGUCUGUCCCAACCCCAAACUCCCAACUUGUUUGCCGCCUUCGCCAAAUUCUCUCUCCGCUGUCUGACUGAGCACCGCAAUUUGUCGUUGAUAAUCAAACACCGUCGUCAACUUUCCCUCUUCGCCGGACAUGCCACAAGAUUUACCUGGGUUUUAUUACGACCCAGAUAAGAACAGAUACUUCCCAAUCAAGGGUCCAAUUCCUGGUUCUUCCCGUAAACCUAAAUCAGUUCCUCCUGAUCAAAGCCCUGUUUCAUUGCCAACCCAGGUACCAAGCAAGCUUAAGAAGGAUAUUAAAAUUUCUAAGCUGCUUCAAUGUAGGGAAUUGUAUGGUAGUACUGUUGAUUUAAGUGAUCGAAAGGGUAGCUUUCAAGAAGAAUGCAAAAAGAAGCUGGUCUCGAAACCAAAGGUUUGGAAAUAUCAGGAUGUAGAAAAGGAUGCUGACUGUUCGCUGGCCUUAACACACAUUGCCGUUGAGACACCUGAGGGCCAAUGUGCUGCAGAUGCAUUAAUAACAGGUGGUAUGAAUGGUUCCUUGAGUCUUUUUGAUGUUGGAGAUGUUGGGCAGCAUGGUCACAAAACUGCUGCAGAGUUUGUUUGGCCUGAACAAGAUGACUCUGGCUCCAACCAGACACUCAAAGAUAUUUGGAAAUUCAACGGAUCCACAUUGAUUAUGCCAUCAAGCAUAUCUUCAAUAAGUUUAUCCAGAAAAGAAUACGAUGCAGCAGAUAAUAAUAGUUCAGCUCGGCAACAUGCAUUAAUUACAACAUUGGGGUCAGAAUUAUCUGGUGGUGCGCUUUAUAUUCUAAAUCUGGCUGAUCCUGUGGAUCUAAUUUCAAAUUUUGCUGUCGUUGGGAGAUUGCGAAGACAUGUUGCACUCAAUUGUACUAUAUGGGGGGCAGAGACCAGUCACACUGGCCAUAAAGCUGUUGUUGGCACCAGUCUAGGAGCUACAUUGGUGGAUUUGGAAAGUGGAGUAUCAUCUACAUUAUGCCGUAGUAAAAGUGAUGUGUUAUCAGUGAAAUUUAUUCAGUCGGGGAAUGUUGCUCUCUGUGGACUGAGAAAGGGAGCAAUAAUAACAGUUGACAUUCGGCAACAGCAACGUCAUCUUGCUCGUCACAGUUUAUUUCACCCUUCUGAUGAUUCAAAUAGACCUGGUCAGAAAAGGACCAAACCUUUUGUGCUUAAAGGAAAUAUACAACCUUCUUCUACAGUAUACAUGCCUUCAUCAAUAUGCUGUUUGGAGUCACUUCAAAUGUAUGACCAAUACUUCUUGGCAAGCUCAAUGGAUGGAUCGAUAUAUCUAUACGAUCAUCGCCUGACUAAACGAGGGCCUGUACAAUCUUAUGAAGGUCACGUGAACUCCCACAGUCAUAUCAAGCUUGCAACUGAUGCAAGUGAGCGGUAUCUUAUGUCAGGAGGUGAGGACUGCAAAGUGCGCAUUUGGAAUAUCAGAUCAGGUGAAAUGCUGUUUAAGGAGAAACUUUCCAGCUGUGUCCCGAUGGCUGCAUGCUGGCAAGGAUGCGCAGGCAUCAAUACGGAUGCGUGGCUGGGAUCAGCAGAGGGAUUGCUUCGUAUGCAAUUUUGCUUAUGACUGAUAUUUUUCGUUCCCUCAGGCCUAGAUGAUUUUGAAUUUAUUUAUUUAUUUAUUCGGUUAGAAAUGAAUGGGCGAUCUUGUAUAUGCAAGUAUGUUGAGAAGAUUGAUUUACUUGUAUUCAACUCUUUUUACGAUUUUGAA